CUCGACACGUUUCACACUUGCCGCAAACUCCAAACCUCAACCAACAUUUUGCGGGCCAAAUAUCGCCAACCACAGGUUUGCAAGUGCGUUAGUGUUUUCUGACCAGGCAAGCAAAUUCAAACGUGUGGAUAGUGUUUGGCUGGGCUUGUGUAGUCGAUCCGAUUGAGUGUCGGUUUUUGGUAUUAACCAAAGGGAAUUUGCCGCAAGCGCUUGUGAGGCAUCUACAUGUUUGUGAGCACUCAGUCUUGUUUGUGUACUGGGGGCAACCACACGUGCGUGUUUUUUUAGUAAAAUGAGUGACUGGUCAACAGAAGAUGCAUUAAACUUCUUGGGAUGUUACCAGGCAGAACCCUGCAUUUGGGACCCAAACAAUCGUGAUCACAAGGACAAAAAGAAAGUCGCCGAAGCAUGGAAUCGUCUUAGCAUCGCGUUUAAUAAACCGGUAAAGGAACUAAAAAUGAAGAAGGAAAUUCUCAUGGUCUCUUUUAGGAAAAAUUUAAAGAGAAAACAGGAAUCAAUUCAGGCUGCCGCAGGAGGCGAUGGUAUUUUUGAGCCAACAUGGUUUGCUUAUGAAUUAAUGGAAUCGUUUCUUCUGCCGGUAUAUAGCACAAAGUUGAACUUAAACUCAGAAACGCAAAUAAAGUCAUCAGAAAUAGCUGCAGAUGUGAUCGUCCAUGAAAAUGAGGGGGCAGCAAGUGAUAACAGUUUGACAAGUCCCUCGACUUCUGUAGCCGCUUCCCCUGCACGAUCUAUAAAAAGAAACACGAGGAAAAUUCGUCGUCGCACUGCUUCAGCCUUUUCCAAACAAAAAAUGACCACAGCGUUUAGUCAAUUAACGAACGCGGUUACACAACGUCCAUCGAAACCUUCAAGGGCAGAUGAAGAAGAUGAAUGUGAUUUGUAUGCUAAACUUUUAGCCAGAAAGAUGAGGGAACUUCCUAAAGACGACAGGAAGUUAAUGAUGUACGAAAUAGAUGGUUUAUUUAUACGCAAAAUUAAACGAAGGACAUUUUCGCGAGAAACAUCAUCCCCUCAGUAUUUCGCACCUUCUACACCAUCAUCAGCGUCGACGCCUCAAAAUAUCGAUGAUGAUAACUGCAAUUUUUAAGAGUCUUAACCUUUUUUCGAUUUUUCUUGCAAUAAAAAUAAAUGUAAUGUUUUUAUGUGUUAUUAUUGGAAUCUUAAAUUAUGAUAUAAAAUUUUCA